AUGAACGCGACAACUCAAGACUUAAUUUCUAUAUCUCAGCUUUUGAGAGAUAUAGGAAUCAACUACAUCAAUUUUACAACCAAUAAAAUAAUCUCAAUGCUCCAAAGCAUUCAAGCAACAAUGACUGAAGUACCCGUCCAAAACUUCCAACCCCAGGUUCCAGAUACUACCGCUGGACCUCACGAACAUACCUACAUCCCCCGCGCUGACGGUGCCAUUAUUGUUAAUGGUGUUGUCUACGUUCGAGAAACCAAGACUCCAGUUCCAGUCGUACCUGCACCUGCCAUGCCAUCUGCACAAUCUCCCAACCUUCAACAAUUUUAUGCAUAUGCUGCAAGUUCAACCUCCGAUCCCUUUCUCUGUUCGUUUUUCUUUUCGCGCAAGUUGCGCAUGAAAUUUGCAGCUCAACAUCAACCUGUUUACCCUCAACCCGCCUUCCAACCUUACCCUUACAACCCUUACCUUCAAUUUGCAGGCAACAAUCAACAAGUACCUUUGGGCGCAGGCUAUGUUCCCCAGCCCGCCAUGGGCACGUACGGAGCUACCGGUAGUGAGAUCCAAUUGCAACAGAUGCAGAUACCAGAGGCGAGCAAGAAGCAAGAUAUGAAGCCCUCUGAUGAUGAUCCUUUCCGCAUGUAUUGGGUUCGGGAGCUCGAUGAUACCUGGACUCAGAGGAACAGAAUGACGAUUGACAGUGGUGAUAUUGGUAAAAUCAGAUGGUAUGUAACUGAUGGUGUUUUCUACGCCGCCAGAUUGCCCGAGUAG